CUACAUUUAUUGUCAAUAGGUUCUUGAAUCCAAAAUGGUGGAUAUGAUCAGUGAAGGGACUCUGCCCUGCUCUGCCUUAAGAUCAUUAUCUGGAAACGGGCAGGUGAAGCUGUCUCUGUCAUACGCCUUGCAGGAGAGAAAGCUCAGCGUCAUCGUUCAUGGCUGCAGGGGUCUGACAUCUCAAAGUAAGGAGGGGGUAGACAGCUAUGUCUCCCUCAUGCUGCUGCCCGACAGAAACAAAGCCAGCAAGAGGAAGACAGCAGUGAAGAAAAGAGAUCUCAACCCAGAAUAUAACGAAAGGUAAUUCAUAAUCUUACUGGCUAUUU